CAACGUCCCACAAGGAAUAAGCAAACAGUACUGAUGGCUUCUCACUCCACCAUUCAUCACCUAUCCAACCACUCUCUUCCUUGCCCCAUUAAUUCUCUCCCCAUCCAUCAUUCCUCUAACGUGACCUUUCAUGGGGUUUCGCGGUUGAAGGCUAGAGUCAUCGUUUCAGCAAAAAACUCUGAAUUCAUAGCAGAUUUUAGAGAAAGAAGAAGCAGUAGCAUAUCAGCUGAGAAGAUAACUUCGUCAGAAGUGUCACAAGCUGAAGGAUUGACAAUUCCAACAUGUAAUUGGAAUGGGAUUAAGGUUAAAGUAGAAGAUGAGGAAGCUUUAGAGGAUUCUGUAAUGAAUGAGGAGAUCAGAACGAGAGUGGAAGCCAUUAGAAUGAAGUUAGAGUCAAGUAAAGGGGAAAAGACCAUAUCACCCUCAGCUUAUACAACAUCUUUGGUGGCUCUGGUAGAAGAUGUGAAUGGGAGUGGGGCACCCCAUUUCCCAGAAUCUCUUCAAUGGAUAAUAGACAAUCAGCUUCCAGACGGAUCCUGGGGAGAUGCUCAUACAUUUUUGGCUUAUGAUAGGCUUAUUUGCACCUUAGCUUCUGUUAUUGCGUUAACACACUACAACGUUCAUCCUGAAAAAGUCGAGAAAGGGCUUAAAUUCUUUAAGGAGAAUGUAAACAGAUUGGAAACAGAAAACACAGGGCACAUGACAUGUGGGUUUGAAGUGAUUCUGCCAAAACUUCUUGAUUUGGGACAAAGUUUGAAAAUUGAUCUGCCCGAUGACUUCCCUACCCUCAAGGGAAUACUAGCAAGGAGAGAUGCUAAGCUCAAAAGGAUACCGAUGGAGGUGUUGCAUAGUGUACCUUCAACGCUGCUGUUCAGCUUGGAAGCAAUACCAGGGCUUCAAUGGGAAAAGCUUCAAAGAGUGAGAAGCAAAGAUGGCUCUUACUUGUUCUGUCCCUCUUCCACUGCUUUUGCUUUUGCCGAAAGCAAAGACCCUCAUUGCCUCAAUUACUUAAACAACGUCGCCCAGAACUUUAACGGCGGAGCCCCAGAUUCUUUCCCCGUAGAUUUUUUUGAGCCAUUAUGGAUUGUUGAUCGAUUGGAACGCUUGGGAAUUGCAAGAUAUUUUCAACCAAAGAUAAAAGAGAUUUUGGAUUAUGUUCACAGAAAUUGGAACGAGAGAGGCAUUGGAUGGACAAGAUACUCAGAUUUGCCAGAUCUAGACGAUACAUGUAUGGGAUUCAGGUUACUAAGAUUGAACGGCUACGAUGUUUCAGCUAAUGUAUUUAAAACAUUUGAGAAAGAUGGAGGGUUUGACUGCUUCCCUGGGCAAACAGAUGAAGGGGCAUCAGUGAUGUUUAAUUUUUACAGAGCAACUCAAGUUCAAUUCCCAGGAGAGACUAUUCUUGAUGAAGGCAACAACUUUGCAUCCAAUUUCUUGACUGAGAAACGAGCUGCUAAUCAGAUUUUUGAUAAAUGGAUCAUAGCCAAAGAUCUACCUGGCGAGGUUAGUUAUGCAUUGGAUUUUCCAUGGUACGCAAGUCUUCCUCGUGUAGAGACUAGAUUUUACUUGGAACAAUAUGGUGGUGGAGAUGAUGUCUGGAUCUCCAAAACCCUUUACAGGCUGCAUAAGGUCAGCAAUAACAAUAACCUUGAACUUGGAAAAUUAGAUUUUAACAAGUGCCAAGACUUGCAUCGCAGAGAAUGGAAAAGGAUUCAAGAGUGGCACUCAGAAUUUGGAUUACAAGGGUUAGGACUGAGCAUAGAAAGACUUCUUUUGGCAUAUUUUCUGGCUGUGGCCAACAUAUUUGAGCCCGAGAGAUCACAAGAACGAGUUGCAUGGGUCAAAACUUCUGCUCUUAUUCACACUCUUUCAUCCACAUAUCGUGAUCUACAACAAAGAACAGCCUUUGUGCAAGAAUUCAAUAACUGCAGCACCUCCUUAAAUGAUCGAUGGCUGAAUAGAAAUAGGAGCAGGGAGGGGUUAUUGAGGACUUUGAUAGAAACUUUGCAUUGCUUAUCUCAGAGCUCAAUAGCUGCUAGCUUUGAUAUUCUUCAUGAUGCAUGGAAAAAGUGGCUAUUGGGAUGGCAGAGCGAAGGAGACAAGUGGGAAGGAGAAGCUGAGCUGUUGGUGAACAUGAUCAAUAUUAAUGGUGGUUACCAACUUUCUCAUGACUUACAACUCAAUCCUCAGUACCAGAGACUGGUCCAAGUGUCUAAUCAACUCUGCCAUCAACUACGUUCUCUCCAGAGCACCAAGGAAAACAACAAUAAUGGAAGCUUCAAGGCCAACACAAGCGUCAUCUGCAGCCCAGAAAUUGGGGCAAAAAUGCAAGAGCUGGUGCAGUUGGUGCUGUCUUCUAAUGGCAUGGAUCUCAACAUGAAGAAGACAUUCCUCACAGUGACCAAAAGCUUUUACUAUGCAGCUCACAGUGAUCCACACACUAUCAACUCUCACAUUGAAAAAGUCCUCUUUGAGAGAGUCAUUUAGUGCAUGAAUAAUCGCAUGUUGAUAUCGUGAGAAACUCGCAAUAAUCCCUGUACUGUAUGACAUGUUAUUCUAUGUACGUCUUCUAAUAAAACGAUGGUUUAGAUUGGUUAAUUUUCUCCCCAUACUUAAAAUAC